GUGAGAAAUAAAUAAAUGAAUAAAGUGUUUGGAAAAAAAGCAGAAGCUCUAAGAGAGAAACUAGCAUUCUCAGCAGCUUCUGCUUCCACAAUCCAAAUAGGCCCUAUACUUUGGUCUGUCAAAAGAACAAGUAAGCUUCGAAUACUAGUCAUGGAAGCCAGGAAAUUAAUUAUCUGUUUAUGCAUAUUUAUAGUUCAUUGCAGGGCAGAUGAUAUGAUAUCUGGGAAUCAAACUAUUAUAGAUAAUGGCAAUAGUACCAUUGAUUCAGCUAGUGGGCUUUUCGAGCUUGGAUUUUUCAGUCCUGGAAAAUCUAAGAAUCGUUACUUGGGUAUAUGGUACAAAAGUAUAUCAGCUGGUACAGUUGUGUGGGUUGCCAAUAGAGAAUCACCACUUAUGGAUGAUUCAGGAGUCUUGAGAAUCGACGAAAAUGGAAGAUUGGUACUCAGCAAUGGUGCUGGUGCUGUAAUUUGGUCUUCCAAGUCAUCUAGAGCAGCAAAGAAUGCUGUGUGUCUGCUGCUAGACUCUGGAAAUCUUGUUAUUAGGUACGAAGAUGAUCCGGGACUCAAGAGAUUUCUUUGGCAGAGUUUUGAUCAUCCAGGGGAUCAGUUUCUGCCAGGAAUGAAACUGGGAUGGGACUUAGGAAGUGGUUUAAACCAAUCGUACCUUACGUCGUGGAGGAGUUCUGAUGAUCCUUCUCCAGGGGAUUUUACUUUACGGUUAAAUCUUGAUGGCUUUCCCCAGGUACUUGUGUGGAAUGGUGCAGUUGUGCAGUUCAGGUUUGGGCCAUGGGAUGGUGUAGGCUUUAGUGGAACAUCACCUGCUAUUAAAUAUCCGCGUUUCAUUUCCAACUUUACUUUCCAGCAGACAGGAAUCUAUUAUGGGUUUCAUGCUGCCAAUAGUUCUGAUAUUAUGAGAGUUAUCUUAAAUCCUGAAGGCAAUGUAUUUGUUCUGGUAUGGAUUAAUAAAACCCGGAGUUGGGAAAGUUUAUUGACUUCACCGAAAGAUGAUUGUGAUCGAUAUGCAUUUUGUGGACCAUUUGGUGUUUGUAACAUUGCUAAAGCCCGCAUAGGAAGUAGUGUGUGUGGGUGUGUGGAAGGAUUUGAACCAAAGUUUCCGGAAAAAUGGAAAGAAGGUGACUGGUCUGACGGAUGUGUAAGGAUAAAUGCAUUGAGUUGUGGGCAUGGAGACAGGUUUAUUUUGUAUCCGGGCCAAAAAUUGCCUGAUACACGUCGUUCCUGGUUUAAUCAGAGUACCAUCCUUGAGGAUUGUAAGAUUAAGUGCUUGAGUAACUGCUCCUGUACAGCUUAUUCAAAACUGGAUGUCAGAGAGGGAAGGAGGGGAUGCAUGUUAUGGUUUGAUGAUAUUAGUGAUCUUAGGGACAACAGUGAGGAUGUGCAAAAUCUAUAUGUUAGACUAGCUACCUCGAAAUCAGCGGAAAAUAGAAGCUCAAGAAAAAAGAGGAAACUGGUGAUCAUAGUCAUUGUUGUAUCAUUUAUACUAACAAUACUACUCUGCAUUUUCACCAGAUAUAUUUUAAAGAAGAGAAAGCUGAGGAGAGAAGGGUUUAAGCUCAACUUAAGGAGUGAUCCCAAAAGCUAUAACAACGGUGAAGAUCUAGACUUGCCAUUAUUUGGCUUCUCAGUGAUAGCUAAUGCUACUGAUUGCUUCUCGGAGAACAGUAAGCUUGGGGAGGGCGGUUUUGGAUGUGUCUACAAGGGAAUAUUGAAAGACGGGCAGGAAAUAGCUGUGAAAAGGCUUGCAAAGGAAUCAAGACAAAGACUGCGUGAGUUCAAAAAUGAAAUUUCAUGCAUAGCCAAACUUCAGCAUCGAAACCUUGUGAGGCUUCUAGGUUUCUGCAUUGAGAGAGAAGAGAUGUUGUUGAUAUAUGAGUACAUGCCCAACAACAGUUUAAAUCAUCUUCUUUUUGAGAGCGAAAGAAGACGAUCACUGGAUUGGCCAAAACGCUACAACAUCAUAAACGGUAUAGCUAGAGGGCUUCUCUAUCUCCACCAGGAUUCUAGACUGAAAGUCAUUCACAGAGACAUGAAAGCCAGCAAUGUUUUAAUUGACUCUGAGAUGAAUCCAAGAAUAUCAGACUUCGGAUUAGCUAGGAUUUUCUGGGGAAGUGAAAGUGAAUCUAAAACAACAAAAGUGGUUGGCACAUACGGCUACAUGUCUCCAGAGUAUGCACUUGAUGGGAAAUUUUCAGAUAAAUCUGAUGUUUACAGUUUCGGUGUAUUAGUACUAGAAAUAGUAAGUGGCAUAAAAAUGGGUGGAUUCUUUGAUUUAGACCCUGACCUUAAUCUUCUCAGACAUGCAUGGACACUCUAUCAAGAAGGAAAAUGUUUGGAACUGCUUGAUCAGGCAGCAAUGGACUCAUAUAAUCAAUCAGAACUGUUCCGGGUUAUUCAAGUUGGGUUGUUGUGUGUGCAACCAUAUCCAGAAGACAGGCCAAGCAUGUCCAUGGUGCUAUUGAUGCUGAGCAGUCAUAAUGAACUGGCUCGGCCAAAACAGCCCACCUUCUUCAAUGACAGGAAUCAAUUAGUCAGGAAUCAAUUAGUUUCAGAAUCCAGCCUGAUAUCUGAAAUUUCUUCAUCAAGUAGUAUAUUUAGUCCUAGGUAAAAAUUCAAAGCCAUGUUUGAAUGAUUACAUACGUUAAGCUUCUAUAUUUUUUAAGAGAAAGACGAAGGUUAGGGAAUGCAGAAGUAUGAUAUAAACAGUUGUAAGUUUCCUUCCCAGAAAAUGCAGAACAGCACUGUGUUAAACUAUCUACAAGGGCAACUUUCCAGAAAGAAAAUAGGACUCAGGUUGUUUCGAAUCAACAUAUGUACCCUAUCAAUCAUGCAACUUGAUCCUGUAUAAAAAUUGUUCGAAUACUAUGGUGUUAUGUACUCUGUUUCAUACCUAAUUUUGUACCAAGAUCAUAUAUCACUGGAGUAAAAGACAUCCGAAUUGUCAAGAAUUAAAGACGAUGAAGAAUUUGAAUCUUGAAGCUUCUUUGCAGUAAAAAAACCAGGCUGGUUAGGACGAGGCAUUUCAAUUGCACUACUCAGCAUAAGAUUCACAAGCUCCAUUUCUGGUCUGUCCUCCGGAUAUGGCUGAACACACAAUAAAGCAAUUUGGAUAGCGCGACAUACUUCAAAGUAAUUGCAUGACUGCAGGAUUGCCUUAUCAACUAGCUCCAGAAAUUUUUGUUCAUUGUAAAGCCUCCAAGCCUGUCCAAUAUUCGGAUACAUUAAAUUGAUAUAUGUGCACCAUAAGAUGAAAAUGCAGUGAUUACAGAAAUUACAAAUGGUGCAUACUUGGCCAAGAAGAUUAAGGUUGGGAUCUGGUUGAUAGAAACCUUUCAUUCUCUUUCCACUGAUAAUUUCUAGUACUAGUACCCCGAAGCUAUAUACAUCCGACUUAAAAGAGAAUAUGCCAUCCAGUGCGUACUCAGGAGACAUGUAACCACUGCAGAGAAUAAUAAAGUUAGAAAUAGUAUCAUCUUUUUACAGUGAAAGUCGGAUAGUUUAUAUUUUGUAGACAGUCUUACAAUGUCCCAACUACUCUUGUCGUGCUUGCUUCACUUUGGCUUCCCCAGAAACUUUUAGCUGUGCCAAAGUCUGAGACUUUUGGAUUCAUAUCAUGAUCAAGUAAAAUGUUGCCAGCUUUGAGAUCUCUGUGAAUGAUUCUUAGUCUAGAGUCGCGGUGGAGAUAGAGAAGACCCUUAGCGACACCAUUUAUAAUGUUGUAGCGCUUUGGCCAAUCCAGUAACUUGCUCUGUACUUUAUC